ACAAUCACGUUCUACGGAGAUAUACACGUUCUCUCCCCCUAGGCCUCCCUCGCAUCGCAAGAGAGUUUGGGCAACACGUGGGUCUGAGAAGACCUUUUGUCCGAGAGCACUCUAAAUUCCCAAGCUUUUGACUCACGGAGAGCGAGAGAGAGAGAGUGAAUGUGAAGUCGUAUUCCGACGAGAUGACGGACCAAAAAUCCGAGGACUGGCUCCCAACUGGUUGGACCGUUGAGGUCAAAGUUAGAAAUAACGGUAAAAGAGACAAGUAUUAUUACGAUAGCGCGAGUGGACAUAAAUUCAAUUCCAAGGCAGAGGUAUCUCGCUAUCUCAACACCUCUCAAAUCAGCGAUGAAGUCAAGCAGAAAGUUGAAGAGACUUUGAAGCGAUCAGCAAAUGAUGUUGUGGUUGAGAAGACUAUAGCAGGAGGACUACCUCAAGGAUGGAUCAAAGAAAUUCGGAUGACAAAAAAGGAUCAUAAGAUCAGGAGAGACUCGUAUUAUAUUGAUCCUGUAAGUGAAAAAUUAUUCCGCUCAAUGAAGGAUGUGAAUCGCUAUCUUGAAAAUGAGAAGCCAAGAAGGCUAAUUCUAGAGCCAAGUCAUGGUAGUCAUAAGGAAUUGGAAGAUGAAAAAGCCUCUAGCUCGCACUUGAACGAGAUCAUGAAGGAUGGACAGAUACUUAAUCUAGCAUGUAAGGGAGAAAGCCCGACCUUUCCUGCACAAACUUCUUAUCAGACUGAGGUGGACACUGAAUCAGGCAGCUUAAAUCCAACAGAAUCCAAAGGUUCAGAGCAGAAAGAACAGGACGGUGAUUCUUACAAAAGUGAAUUUAUUUCAGUUCCAGCAGGUUUUGGCCUGGCAGAUAAGCAAUGCCUGGAAAGUGGGCUCUUUAAACAUGAAAGUAAAAAGACCCAACUUAGCCUGGGCAAGUCCAAGAAGAAGAAAGAGCUGAACUUGCCUCGUCGUGCUUCAAAGCGACUAGCUGGAGUUGAAGUUGAUCCAGUGCCAGAACUGAAAACAAGUACUCGAGCACGUCGAGUUACAAUUAAACAAUCAGGGGAAGGAGUACAUGGUACAACUGAAGGUUCAUCCUCAGGUAAUUCUACUGGUUCUGUAUUCCGACAGCCUGGUUGUCCUGAGGUUGAGCCAGAAAAGCAUGUUCAAAAUGUGGAAACAGUGAUUAGUGGUGACGAGAAGCAAAGGUGUGCUUCUGUUUUCCCAGAAGAACAUGCAGGAAAACUUGAAACCACUGAUAAGGCAGAAGAGAAGCCAGGACUUCAACCAGACUUGCCGCUGGGGGAUUUCUUGACAGAUCCAUGCAUUGCAUUUGCAAUAGAGACUCUCACUGGGAUAGCUUUUGACAAUUCCAGGAGCAAUAGUGAGCAAUCUUCAGGUGACUUGGCUACUCCCAAAGAUCGUUCUGGAAACAAAGAAGAAGACAAUAAGAGGAGCGAUGUUGUUUUGGCUCAUGGCAACCUUUUUAUACCAGAACAACAUGGGGGAAAAGUUGGAAAGGAUGAUAAGGCUGAACAGAAGUCAGGAUCCCCAGUGGAGUUGCCUUUCGGGGGUUUAUGGCCAGACCCAUGCAUUGAAUUUGCUAUAAAAACUCUCACAGGUGCAAUCCCACUGGACUAUGAUCCUCAUAUUGAGGAGUAUUUUCGGCAGCAACUAAGCUCAUCAAGAACCCAAGGAAACAGUGACUUGACCUUGAAAAAUGUUGGUCUAGAUAACUUCUGCCAAACUGAUGUUUUGUGCCAGCAAUUUUCAGAGCCUGCACACACCAGGAAUGCAAGUUUACAUAGUUCUGGUGGAUCAGAUACAAUCCAAUAGGGCAUGGAUAGGCAAUCAAUGUGAAACAUGGGCAAUGCACCUGCACAAUUGCACUGACUUCAAUCCUUGUACAGCUUAUACAACACUUUCUUUGUACCACCAACCUAGUUCCACGCCCUUAACCCUUUUUUUUUCUUUUUUCUUGUGUUAGUUUAUCACAACGCAGCCAUAAGGACAAUCCCUUUUAGAAAGAGAUUGCCUCGGCGAAGUUUUCUGUGUGUAUGUUUAACUUUAGUGUAUUUUCUUAUUAACAGUG